AUGCACCUCCUCCUCCCCUCUCACCUUCCCCUUUCCCCUUCCCCCCCUCCCCCUGGAUGGCCCCUCCUCUGCAUACCGCCCUUCCAUCACCGUUCCCGCUCUGCCCCCCUCCCCCCAUCCCCCCCGCCGCUCCUCGCUGCAGGCGGGCAGGACGAGGAGGACGACGAGCCUCCAGCGCUUGAGCGCUUUGGGCGGGAUCUGGUGGCAGCGGCGGCUGAGGGCAAGCUGGACCCUGUGCUCGGAAGAGACAAGGAGGUGGAUCGUGUCCUCAGGGUGCUCGCGCGGCGGAACAAGCCGAACGUCUGCCUUCUUGGCCAGCCCGGCGUCGGCAAGACCGCCGUGGUAGAGGAGGUAGCUCGCAGGAACCGCGUGCUCUGUUUUUGUUACAUGCUCUGCGGUGCCCAGGGGCGCGUGCCGAGCCAGCUCAAGGGGUGCAAGAAGCUGGUCCAGCUCAGCCUGGGAUCCCUGGUGGGGGGCACGAGGUAUCGUGGCGAGUUCGAGCAGCGCAUGCAGAGCCUGCUGAAAGAGAUCCCAGAGAAGCUGCAGCUCGUGGGCAGCCGCUCCGCGAACGAGCAGGCGCGCGAGGCAGGCUCCGCGAGGGCCCGCGGGGUGGAGAGGAAGGCGCCCGCAGACGCCUCCCGCGCGCCGUUCCUGGGCACUGGCCACAGGCACCCCGCGAAAACCCACCCGCAUCCCAACACCAAGGGCAGUGCCACCACGAGCAGCAUGGUCUCAAUUCUGGGAGAUCUUGAAGUAUUUGCGUGCUCGUUAGGCGAGACGGAGAAGGGCGGCAGCAUGGAUGCGGCGAACCUCCUCAAGCCGGCGCUUGCCCGAGGAGAGCUCCGAUGCAUCGGGGCCACAACCACGGCCGAAUACAAGAAGGUCGUGCAGGGCAGGGACAAGGCCUUUGAGCGCCGCUUCGUGGUGGUGGAGCUCGAUGAGCCUUCCGAGGAGAUCGCGGAGCAGAUGCUGGAGGGGCUGCUCCCGGCCUUCGAGCGCCAUCACGACAUCACGGUGCAGAGAGAGACCCUGCGCGCGGCGGUCUACAACUCGCGGAUGCUGCGAGGGCGUUUCUUGCCAGACCGCGCGCUGGACAUCCUAGGACCACUUUUUAUGAUGCCGCAACCCUGGCGUCCGUGGAGCGCACCGGCACAGAGGCCGACGGGAGGCCCGUGUGCACGCCAGAACAUACUCGACGUGCAGCGCAGGAGACGGCGAUGUCAGGACGGGGGGCUCACGCUGAGGCAGAGGCUCGAGAACUGGCUGCGCCCACGCUCGCGGCUCUGA